AUGACAACGCUAGUGGAGUCACGGGGGCAGCGAGUGCAGAAGUUCUGCAUAAAAAAUGUCCUACCGCUGGGCUUCUUCGUUGCCCUGGUGAUCGCCCUCGCUUGGCCGGCGCCCGGGAAGGCGGUGGCGAAGCCGAAGGUUGACGACUACCGCAUCGUGCAAACCAUCAACGUCAUUGUCAUCUUCAUUAUCUCCGGCCUGACUCUAAAGACCGACGAUAUCAAGGAAGCCUUGAGCAAGGAGGGGAGAUGGGGUUACAUCUACGGGGUCGUAGCCAUCUUGGGGAUCACGGGCGCCGUGGGGUUCGUGGCUGCGGAGAUUCCCUUCGACGUGGAUGAGUUCUCCUACGGCUUGUCGGUGUUUUGCGUGGUGCCCACGACGCUGUCGUCUGGGGUGACCCUGGUCAUGAAUCAUCACUUGCUACGAAGUGUUGAGUGGUUCAGCCUCCACGGCGUUUCCCGGUGUUUCGUUGCUUUUUUCACGUCGUGCGCCCCCCCCUUCACCUUAUCGCCACAGGCUGGAGGAAACGAUGCCCUGGCGCUCCUCCUCACCGUAACAACCAACUUGCUCGGAGUUGUGACCGUUCCGUUUUACGUCAAGGGUGUGGUCAACGCCGGCGACGAUGCGUCCAUUGACCCGGUGGGCCUUCUCGUCAAGCUGAUCAUCAGUGUUCUGGUUCCGCUGGUGGUGGGAAAGGUUAUUAGAGAGGCAGUACCGGGGGCGAAGGCGUGGGUGAAGCGGUUCAAGGUGCGGCUGAGCCUGACGAGCAGCGCGAUGCUCAUCAUGGUGGUGUGGCAAACUUUGAGCAGGGCGCAAGACAAUUUGACUUCGGUGGCGUUCACGCAGAUCUUGUCUGUGAUUGCCUCGGGCAUCGGUCUGCAUUUAGUGUGA